UGCUCUGCCAGAUGGUCAUUGUGGGCUGCUCGCAGGCCGCCGACCUCAUGCAGGACUUCAAGACCGGCUACCUCGUCGGCGCGUCGGCGAACGCCAUGAUCGUUGCCCAGAUCGUCGGCGCGUGCAUGUCGUGCAUCAUCGUGCCGACCGUGUGGGUGGUCAUGAACCAGGCGUUCACGAUCCCGGGCGACGUCAUCACGGCGCCGUUCGGCGAAGUGUACCGCGUGCUCGCGAUCACGGCGUCGGUCGGCCUCUCGGGUCUCCCGACCCACUGCGGCAUCUUUAUGCUCAUUGGCGCCAUCUACACGAUCGUCUUCAACUUGUACAUCGACUUGUUCUCGGAAUCCGAGAACAAGGUGCACAACGCGAUCGCCAACUACUGCCCCGUGCCGAUGGCCGUCGCGAUUGGCAUGAUCGUGCCCGCGUACUUUGGCCUCGAGGGUAUGAUCAUGGCCGUCAUCAUCAUCUACUGGAAGUCGGUCGACUGCCCGGGCUUUGAGAAGGCGCAGUACAUCCUCGCCGCUGCGAUGCUCACGGGCGAAGGCUUCUCGGUGCUGACGCAGAUCAUCGUCUCGAUCGCCGGCGGUGCCUCGCCCAUGACGAUCUCGUACGCCAACGCCGGCGCCGGCGGCCACUAAGUCUACGUAGCGUAGGCACCUUGGAGUAUAUAUCAAUCUAUCAAUAGUGUCGUGUAUCGUGUUUAUCGCCA